UUUGGAUGUGUUGACGCUGUGUUGACGCCGUGUUGACGCUUUGGAGUGUGUUGAAACUGUUUGACGCUUUUUAGUAUGACCGCGAAAACAUCACGGCAAGAAAGUAUCACGCAUCUACACUGUCUGGUGAAAGACGAAGCUAAGGAAAGUUUGAUUUGCGACGUGCCUGCCAAAUUUCUUUAGACAAUCGCUUUCGAAUCGUCUUGAGAGUGGCAUCGCUAAACACGCAGGAAUAAACAGCCAGCAUGUUGCUGUUAUCUUUGCUGAUGGUCAGCGCAGCCGCCGCAGUGACCGAAACUGCUAUUGUGGAUUCCUCAGACGAUGCAGUGAGUUACCUGACUAAAUACGGCUAUUUGCAACCAGGGAAACCCGUAGGGAGCGGAGAUUUGAACAGGGGCAUUUGCCAUUUCCAGUAUAUGGCUGGUCUCAACCAAACAUGCGAACUGGACGAGUCAACCAUCGCUAUGAUGAACAAACCCCGAUGUGGUAUGCCAGACAUCAUUGAAAACGGUCCGGAUCCUAGACGUGCGAAGCGCUAUUCAUAUGUGAGGGCAUGGCCCACUAGUGCCGUGACCUUCCGCAUCGACUCCGUGACAUCUGACAUCCCCCGCAGAGAGGACGUAGAAGAAACAUUCGUCCGUGCCCUUCAGUUUUGGUCGAAUGCCUCCUCACUCACAUUCACGCGUGUGUUUGGCGACACGCCGGCCAACAUCGUCAUCAACUUUUUUAAGAGGGCGCACGGGGACGGUGCCCGUUUCGAUGGACGGGGAGGUGUUCUAGCGCACGCCUAUUUCCCCUUGGACGGUCGAGUGCAUUUAGACGAGGACGAAUAUUGGACCAUCGACGGCGACCCGGGAACUGACCUCCUGUGGGUUGCGGUGCAUGAGUUUGGCCACGCCCUUGGCCUUGGCCACACCCAUGUCGAUGAAGCAGUAAUGGCACCAGUCUACAGUGGAUAUGUCUCCAACCUGCAGCUGAACGACGAUGACAUUGCCGGCAUUCAGGCACUAUAUGGCGACGGAUCUGCAACCUCGGGUCCUCCCGACGAAGACAUGUCACCAAUUCCAGGAAGCUGUACUGGCAUCGUGGACGCGGUCACCACCACACGAGAUCGAAGCACCUACACAUUUGAAGGAAAUCUAGUGUGGAAAUUUGAGAGAAGGACUAGCCAAAUAGCUACGGGAUUUCCAAAACCCAUCAACCAGGUAUUCCCAGGACUACCUGACAACAUAGACGCAGCACUGUACUACCCACCUUAUGGAAAGACUUAUAUCUUCAAGGGGAGUCAGUAUUGGCGAACUGACAAUGAAGUUGUUGAUACCGGGUACCCACGUGAUAUAUCGUCCGACUGGAGUGGUUUGCCAAAUGACCUCGAUGCUGCCUUCAUCUGGCGCAGAAAUGGCCGCAUCUAUUUCUUCAAAGGGGAUCAGUACUAUCGCUACAAUGGUCGUGUGGAAGGUGGCUACCCUCGCCCAUCCAGCGUCUGGCGCAUACCGGGGAAUCGAAUCGGGGCGGCCGUGCAGUGGCUCAAUCGGCGCACUUAUUUCUUCCACCCGAGCGGAGAGUACUACAGGUUCAACGACUGGCGGUUCCGGGUGGACCGCGGGUACCCGAAAUCCGUGGCCCCGAUCUGGCAAGGGUGUCCCGGCAAUCUGAUGGACCUGAUGGAAUUAAACGCUGAGGAGAGCGGUGUGAGCGGUCUAGCACCCAGUCUCCUUGCCUUGAUCAUGUCUACUGUGCUAGCGGUAAAUUUCGUGAAGUACUGAUAGACCCGUGAGAUCGAGUACCAGACCACUAGGUCACUCACUCCUUACUUACCGUCUGCGUCUUUUUUUUAACAGUAAUAACCGAAGAUAUGCAAAUGGCAUAUAAGACCAAGGACGUGCACAUGCAUUAUAUAACGUAAACUAAUUAUUCAUGGAUUUUAUCAGCACGUAAAGUGUUCAUAAAAAAUAUUAAUUGAAGUGUAUAAUCAUUGCAGUACCUGUGUGAUUUUGUAUCCUAAUUGUCAUAAUACAUGUUUAAAUAGACGGGGGAAAGAUAUUUUUAACCAUACGUUUUACUUAAUUAAUGGAAUGUUUGUGUGUGGUGAUAACUGAUUUGAACUCAUCACGUCUGUGGUAAUAUUUUUAAUAACACGUAUUAUGAGCUAACAUUCAGUUAAAUCUUUUACAAUUAUCUUAUGUAUAACUGAUUUUAUACAACUGUUUUGACAUGUUUAUAAUACCCAUACCCCCCCCCGAAAAAGCAUGUUUAUCUCGAAAUUUAAAGCAGACUUUUCAUAGGUAACAUAGUUAUCAGGUGACCACACACAAGGAUUUUAAUUAUUUCCAGUGACAUGGAUUCUUUUUAUUGAAUAUUUUUGCAUGUUUUACGGAUCAGUAAACUAUAUGUUCGAUUUCCAUAAUAAACAAGGAAAGAUACAGCACUCA